UUAAAUCAGCACCACCUAAAUCGACUCAAAUUAAACAUGCAUCCCAAACAAUCUCAGUUAAUUCAAUACCAGUUAAAUCGACACCUGUCAACUCUGCACCAAAUGCCACAGUUAAUAAUGAACUACCCAAGGCUACCAAUGUUGAAUCAACACCGGCUUCAGCAACAUCAUCAUUAGUAAUGCCAACAUCAUGUCCUCAACCUGUGAAAAAUUCUGGUGGAACCCCCAAAAGAUUCAUUGUAAAACUUUCUUCUCAAAGCGCAGCAGAUAAACAUCUAUCAAUAUUGAAAAAUUGUUUUAAUAAAACUAUCGAAGAUAAUCCCACAAAAUCGAAUAAAAAUAAUACUAACACCGCAAAAUCGAAUAAAGAUAGAGUUAAAACAAUUAAUAUUGGAAAAUUUAGUGGUUAUAUUGUAUCCAUUGAUCCAGAACAUAUUAAAUAUUUGGCCGGUCUCGAAGGUUUUGAAGAUUACGAAGAAGAUUCUGAGGUUAAACUCACAUAUGACUUUGGAUGUGAUUUUUAUAAUGAACCUACUGAUUUUUCCAGUCUUGAAAUAUACAAUUUAGAUCGUAUUGACCAACCAAACCUACCAUUAGAUGGAUUCUACAAUUUUCCUAUUUCUUCUGGUCAAGGAGUAAAUGUUUAUGUCAUUGACUCUGGAAUCAGAAUUGAUCAUGUUGACUUCAACGGUCGAGCAACAUGGGGAGCUACUUUCUGUAGUGGCAGCAUUACUUGUCCAGACACUGAUGAUCACGGACACGGAACGCAUGUUGCAGGAACUAUUGGAGGAAGUUAUCUUGGAGUUGCAAAGAAUGUAAAUUUAAUAGCAGUUAAAGCUUUUACGUAUCUUGGUACCGGUUACGUUUCUGAUACUAUAACCGCAUUAGAAUACGUGUCAUACGAGCAUGAUAAUAGUGAUAAUAAAAAUACGGUGAUCAACAUGUCUCUUGGUUCACCUAAGUCGGCAAUAGAAAAUUAUGUAAUUGAUCAAAUGACUGAAAAAGGAAUUCAUUGCAUUGUUGCUGCUGGAAACUCUCAUGAUGAUGCUUGCAAAUAUUCACCAGCGUCCGCAUCUACUGCCAUUACAGUUGGUGCUACUUCUUAUAGUGAUGAUUCUGUAACAUCUUUCUCAAAUUAUGGAUCAUGUGUUAGUCUCUUUGCCCCAGGUCUUAACGUUCGUUCCGCAUGGAAUACUGCUCCUAAUGCAGUCAAUGUAAUUAGUGGGACUAGUCAAGCAACGCCUCAUGUUGCUCUAAUUAUUGGACAAAUUGGAAAUAUGCCGCCUAGUGAUAUGAAAGAUCUUAUCACCAGCAUGACUUCAAAUGAUGUAAUUUCAGGUCUGGAUGGUUCAUCCCCAAAUAAAUUAUUACAGGUUCCAUCAUCAUCUAAUUGCGCUUCUAGUAUGUCCUUAAAUAAUUAUACAAGUACUCAACCAGAUCUAGUACCGAUUUAG